AUGCUUCGUAGCGCAGCAUCAGCACUGCUGAGGACCAGCACUGAGCUUGCCGCACUCUGUUCGGUGUCCACGGUCCGGUUCGUUCAGCAGUCGCCCCGUUUGCCGCCCCGAAAACGGCCGUUUUCCACGUCGGUCUGCUUGUGUAAGAAGAAGAAGAAGAAUCAGAAGAGCCUGUGGCAGCAGCUGGCGGAAGGACAAACCAUGGACGGGAACAUUGAAGAGAUCCUCGCCCCUUUGAGGUUGGCCGUCAAAGAACAGGUAACAUCUGAAAACAUACGCUGAUAAGAAUUGGGCUUGUUUGGUUGUGAUUAGAUAUGAUUUAUUGCUUAAAUCUCAGUCACAGUGAGUGUGACAGCUUGGACGGCUAAGUGGCUAACCGGCUUUUCGUCGCUGUCAAUGAAUGAGGGCAGCCAUUGUAGCUAGCUGCUGCUAACGCUCCCUGUUAGUCAUGUCUGCGCCCUUUGCCACGUUUCAGUCUGCUGCUGCUGCUGCACAGAUUUGUUCACAGGGUGGGGUUCAGGGGAGAGGCCAUCCAGAUGCUUCUACAUCAUAUUAUUCGAUAAUUAUCUCAUUUUAUAAACACGAUCAGACUUUGAACUGUAGGUGCGCCCGGCUCUUGGGUUUUUCUGAGUGCCCGUUUUAAGACCCCGCUCUGUGUUUUAGGGGGACCUGGUGCGGCAGAUGAAACAGGAUGGAGCUCCUGAUGUGGAUGUUACUAAAGCUGUGGCUGAGCUCAAAGCGAGAAAGAGGACUCUGGAGGCCAGGGUGAGUCUACUUUCAUCUAAAUCCUUUUGACUGAACCUAAGCCUGUAAGUGAAUUAUGGACCUUUUAUUGUUGAAGUAAUAAACACAUCACAUCUAAAACCUGCAAGUUCUUGACCACAGCCACAUCUACUGUGCUGGAAUUAUUGUUGCCCUUUCAUAUUAAAGGGAUAUUCUGGCGUAAAAUUAAUUUAGGGUCAAAUUCACCUUAACACUGAGUUAGACACCCUCUCGAGAGAUGAAUGUUGCCGACCACUUGUUUCUUUAGUUAAACCACCUUUAGUAACGACCGCAGGAUAGCAAUACACAGCGGUCUGAGGAGCCAUAAACAAACUUCAACCAAAAAGCCACUCUAUAGCCACAAAUAAUGCUCAGAACAGCAACUAACUUCUUCAACAGUACAUAUAAGGUCCUAGCCAUAGCACUAGCCACCAAACAUCUUUUAAGCUUUGCCUAAUUUCUUUAGCAAAGGGACUAAACACAACUCACCUACUCUCUUCCAGCAGCCGCUUGUUUGUAGCAAGACCUCAGGCGAGUUCAUAACAGACUACAGCGGGGUGAUGCAGCUCAAGGAAGAACAUUUAUGAUCAUUUCUUCAUGGAAAUGCAAUCAGACCGAGACACUAAGGCAGAAGAACUACCGUGUCUGCAGUGCAAAAUGAUUAAUAUGAUGAUUAUUACUUGGGAAAUGAUAAAUUAAUGAUCAAAAAUAUUCUUCCUUGAGCUGCGUCACCCCGCUGCAGAGAUGGGAAUUGUGGAGUCUACAAGUCAUCUCCAUGCCAUGUAUUUGUUCUGCUCUGUCACUGGCCCAGCUGCUUCCAAUGAGCAGCCAGGAAGGUGAGCUCAUUAGUGAAGGCACCUGGUUCAGUAACUGAGCAGAACAAAUUCAUUGCAUGGAGAUGACUUGGUGACUCCACAAUUCCUAUCUCUGCCCCGCUGUAGUCUGUAAUGGACUGGCCUGAGGUCUCUACAAACAAGUGGCUGCUAGAAGAGAGUGGGUGAGUUGUGUUUAGUCUCUUUGCUAAAGAAAUCAGGUAAAGUUAAAAAGAUGUUUGGUGGCUAGUACUAUGGCUGGGACCCUAUAUGUACUGUUGAUGAAGUUAGGUGCUGUUCUGAGUAUUAUUUGUGGCUUUAGAGUGGCUUUUUGGUUGAGGUUUGUGUGUGGCUCCUCAGACCGCUGUGCAUUGCUAUCGGCUGUUGUUACUAAAGUUGGUCUAACUAGAGAAGCAAGCGGUCGGCAAUAUUCAUCUCUUGAGGGGGUGUCUAACUCUGUGUUAGGGUGUGUUUGACCCUAAAUUAAUUUUACGCUGGAAUAUCCCUUUAAACUUCUACUUUUUGAUUUGAGCUGGUACACAAAACUGUCUUUUAACUCUCUUUAUGACUCAACAGAACUUGGCUCAUAUGAGGAAACAUAUAUUUUUAACUCUGAUCUUAUUUUAGGAGCUGUCAUUACAACCCAAAGAUGACAUCGUGGACAGAACCAAGAUGGAGGACACCCUCAAGAGGCGAUUCUUUUAUGACCAGGCCUUUGCCAUCUAUGGAGGUAAGGUUUUCACAGGGUAUAUGUUAGGAGAGAAAAGGUCUCACUUAAAGCUAGAAUCCACAUACUUGCAUGUAGCCUUAAAGUACCCUGUUACCAUGUAGUAAUGCUCCUCAGGUGUGAGCGGCCUGUAUGAUUUCGGCCCUGUGGGCUGUGCCCUGAAGAACAACAUGCUGCAGGCCUGGAGGCAGCACUUCAUCCAAGAGGAGCAGAUCCUGGAGAUUGACUGCACCAUGCUGACGCCUGAGCCGGUCCUCAAGUAGGUACCCUGAAAAAUGAGUUCAACCAACAUUAAAUCUUUAAAGAGUAAUCACCGUGCUCUCUGUGUGUGUGUGUGUGUGUGUGUGUGUGUGUGUGUGUGUGUGUGUGUGUGUGUGUGUGUGUGUGUGUGUGUGUGUGUGUGUGUGUGUGUGUGUACUGAGCAGUUUUGGUCUAUGUGAAUGUCAUUGAUGGUGAUUUUGAAAGCUGCUGUAGAGGAUGCCUGGUGGUUCCUGCAGCCAGCUCCAAAGUGCUGAACUGUGGGUUUUUGUAAACAGGCGCAUAUUGAUUCUGUGAUUUUAUGCAUGGAAGCUGCCACAAUAGCAGCCUUCCAUAGCCCGGUUACAGAUACACAAUUUAGAUUGAAUUAAACAUUUAUUGACUUCUUUAAUUCAUCUUGAUAUAAAUCUCAUAUGUUCACUGUUGUAUUUUUUCGUAGGACAUCAGGGCAUGUGGACAAAUUUGCUGAUUACAUGGUGAAAGAUGUCAAAAAUGGUGAAUGCUUCAGGGCAGACCACCUCCUCAAAGGUAAGACUGUUACUCAUCUGAUUUAGUGCAUAGAUGUGGCAUUUUCUACAACUUUGAGGCUACAUAUCCUUAAAGAACCUCCAGCUAGAGGUCUUUGUAAGUUUUGUUCUUUGCAUUAUUAAUGAGCCUCAGUGGAGGGGAGAACUGGACGUGGUCCAGACUUGUGUCCUCAUAAGCUGUUGCUAGUUGGCCGGGCUCAGAGUAUCACUGUUGAGCCUGAGGGACAAUAGAGGUGAUCAAACCGGCUGAAAUCUCACAGGGAUUUUUUUUUUUUUUUACAGCUGCUGAAGCUGAGCCAAAAAGCUGAGGAGAAAUAUGAGAAAUGAUUUGAAAAUGUCACUUCUUGAAAGAUGGAAAAAUAAGUGUGAAAAUGAUGCUUGAAAUUUGUCAUGGGAGAAAAAAAGCGUUAUGAAAUAUGUGUCAUUUGAGCUCUACUCCUAAACCAUGUAGCCUUUAUUAUCCUGCCGACUGAUUUCCAGACAGUACUCACACUCUUUAAUGACUAAAAUCAGUGUGAAUUUCUUAUGUUUGAUUUAAUUUAGUUCAUCCUUGCUAGAUUGUCUACAUUUUUACAUAACCGUGGUAUGAUUUUGUCCUGUAGCUCACCUCCAGAAGCUGAUGUCAGAUAAGAAAUGUGCUGCAGAGAAGAAGGAAGAGAUGGAGUCUGUUAUUACUCAGGUCAGUGUUUGCGAAAAAAAACCUAACACUCCUCUGACAGAUGAUGGUGUAAAGGGUUUCAGGUGACUAAUGGUCAUCUUCUCUCUCUCUUCAGAUGGACAACUACACUCAGCAGGAGCUCACUGACCUGUUUGUGAAAUACAACGUCAAGUCUCCCACCACAGGAAAUGACCUCACAGCCCCCAUCUCCUUCAACCUGAUGUUCCAGACGUCCAUCGGACCAGGAGGGAACAUGCCAGGGUAAGAUGAUAGCACUAUGGUCCUGCAAAGAGUGUUUCAUUAGUGUUGGUUAACUCUUGAUUGACUGAUUUUUUUGGAUGUGAUUCUGCAGCUAUCUGAGGCCUGAAACAGCUCAGGGAAUCUUUCUCAACUUCAAACGUUUACUGGAGUUCAAUCAGGGAAAACUUCCCUUCGCUGCUGCUCAAAUAGGAAACUCCUUCAGGAACGAGAUCUCUCCUCGCUCUGGACUCAUCCGCGUCAGGUAAUAGAUCCGCCGGGACACCUGUUUUUUUUUUUUUUGUAAGAGAUUUAGACUCUCUCAUUCAAAGGUGACUCUUGACUUUGAACUUAAAUAGAGCUGCUUCACAUUUCCACACAGAGAGUUCACCAUGGCUGAGAUCGAGCACUUUGUGGACCCGACUGAGAAGGUCCACCCAAAAUUCUCCAAUGUAGCCGACCUGGAUAUCAUGUUGUACUCUUCAAAGGCUCAGACCAGUGGGCAGUCUGCUCAGAUCAUGAGGCUGGGAGACGCGGUGGAGCAGGUAGAAAUCCAGACAACUACUCAAAAUUUUUUAACCUCAUGCUUUUUCUGUGAAGUUGGGCUGUGAAGUUGAUUCUCUCUUUCUGUCUCCUUUUAGGGAGUCAUCAACAACUCCGUCCUGGGAUAUUUCAUCGGGAGGAUCUACCUCUACCUUACUAAAGUCGGUGUUGCCAAAGACAAGCUGCGUUUCCGUCAGCACAUGGACAACGAGAUGGCUCACUACGCCUGUGACUGCUGGGACGCUGAAACCAAAACCUCCUACGUAUGAUCACAUCCUUAAAUCUCAUCACUGAGUCCACAAACUUCUCCACUCUUCUCUCUAACUGAGUGUUUGUUUGCUGCAGGGCUGGAUCGAGAUCGUGGGUUGCGCUGACCGGUCCUGCUUCGACCUGAAAUGUCACGCACGAGUGACUAAAGUCCCUCUGGUCGCUGAGAAGCCUCUUAAAGAACCCAUAUCCUUUAACUGCUGCUGCCGCUGCACCUCACAUUACAGAAGACAAUAUGAAUUCUAA